AUGUCCAUAAAUCGAUGGUCAAUCUCUUCGACGGCUAAAUACAUACAGGCUUCAACACCUCGAGACUGUCAAGUGGAAAAGAACCGGGGAGCGAGAAGAAAUCGGCCCCGCUGUGGGAACCGUCAACGUCGCACCGUACUGGUCGCAACGCCUGACGACUUGAGGCGUUUACACAACCUGUUGGCGGAGAGCGCGAGGCGGACGGCCCAAGUGCACGAGAGGUGGCGGGCCGCGGAGAACCUUAGAGCGAGAAUUCCAUCGGGGUACAAGAGAUGGCGAGCCGCGGAGAAUCUUAAAGCGAGCAAUACAUCCCUUCCAUGCACUAAACAUGAGACGGAGAGGGUUUUAGACGGUUUACGCGCGUUCGAGUUUCGACGU